UAUUAUUUAAAUCUGUUGUAAUGUAAACCCUGUGAUGUAAGCAGGCCUAUGACAUCACGACUAGCAACGCCGUUGCCAUGCCAGCACGUUUUGCGUCUUUUUUUGAACGGUGUUGUUCUGUUGAAUUUUGAAUAGGCCUAGCUACCGAAAGGAAAAACCCAGCUAGAGUUGUUUGUUAUUAGGCUAUUUAAAAGAUAUCUUUUAUACAAGAUGUCUUUAAAUGCGUUGAGGAUGUGUGUAGUUUUGCAAGACUGCGCUGAUCAGCUGUCAGUUUUAGGAAACAUCAUGCGACCCGCAGCGGACACUGAUGGGAGCAAGUCCCAUUUCACAGUAGAGAGCUCACCUCCUCCUGACAACAAAUUGCAGAGAGACAGGCACUUUGUUGCAUAUGUUAUUAAUGGUUUAAUUGUCGAGCUGCUGGAGUCUAACACAUAUAAUAGCUUGAUAACAGCAGUGCAGGAGGAGAAGAUGAAGAAAGCACAACUUCUUGACAUAUUAAACAGAGAGGAAGAAAGCAGACAAAAGGUUAAAAAUCUUCAAAAACAGUUGCAUAACACCCAGAAGGAGAAAACAGAAGGGUGUGAGAGGCUUAAGGAGUCAAUCGUUCACCUGAGGCAGCAAGUUGAGGACAUGAGGGUGAGGACUGAAUGGCAGGUGGAGUAUGUGAAUAACUGUGCCCAACAGCAGAUCUGUGAGGGACAGAACAUCAAUGCCCAUAACGAGAAGGAGCUGGAGGAUGAAGUCAAGACGCUGCAGGAGAAAUUAGAGGACCAACAGAGCACUAACACAAUAAUGGAGGAUUUCCUUAAAAGACAACUGACAAGCUUACAGGAGAAGAAGCUGUUUUGGAUAAAGCGGUAUGAAAAAGACACGGAGGAGAAAGAGCAAAAGCUCACCGCUCUGCAGAACAAAAGAGCCAACAACCUGGAACAACUUCACGAGCUCUCCAAAAAGUGCAGAGACAUGCAGCAGGUUAUAAUUGAAGACAGGACGGAGAAGGAACGGCUGCGCAUACAGCUGGAGAAAGAGCAGAGAGAGAUAGAUGCUGCAAUAAAGAUCCAGUCGUGGUGGCGGGGAACUGUUGUUCGGAGGGGACUGUGCUCUCCUAAGAAAUCUUAUCAAGCUAAGCCUAAAAAAGCCAAAAAGAAGAAGAAAUGACUUCUGAUAUUUUAGUGGCUGCAGAAUAGUUAUUAUAUAGGUGAUUGUAUUAAAUAAUAAUGCAAUUCAUGUAGGCUAUUAUAUAAAAUAAUAAAUGAGUAUUUGAAUCAAUAAGAAAAUACAAUUAGAAAAGAUGUACAUUUUAACUUAAUAUUUUAAAGUUUUUUUGUUGAAGAAUGUCAUAAAAUCUAAUCAAAAAGUUCCAGGAGGUUCUUGUUCACAUAUCUUUACAGUCUUUCAAGCACAUUAUCAAUGAUACAAAAACACAUUCAAAUUAAACUUCGAUUUCAUUCCACGUGUGUAUAACUGUGGAUUUUACACUUUAGUUACAUUAGAAUAAUAACUGAAUACAGCAGGAUAGAGGAGAAAAUCAUUUUUAGUUGAGACCUGUUGGAAUCAAGAACAAUUGUCAAGACAAAUUCAAAAACGCCUUAAUUUUUGUGUCUUUUUCAACAGACUGACAACACAUACAGUAAUAUUUAUCACUUUUAGAAGAGUUUUAAGAAAUUGGGAGAGGUUUCCUACACUGUGAAAAAUGUUCCGUAGUUUUAACGGAAAAAUACCGGCAGCUGUGGUUGCAGGGAAAAUUCCGUAAAAAAUAUGGGAAAAGCAUGUAAACAGCUUUGCAGUUUAAACUUCAGGGCAAAAACUUCAAGCUGUGUAUGAACUUAACACAUUUAAGCCUUUCAUAUUAAGUGCAUGUAUUUAUAAUUGUAUAUAUGAAUAUUUUUUUUAUAUAAAAUGAUAUGCAUAAAAGUGAAAACAUUACAUUCACUUAUUUUAUUUCUUUGCAUAACAUCAGUACCUCAUUGUCUGACCUUGACUUAAACACAGACUCCACUCUUCAGCAUAGUGGUGACCCACAAAACAUUUAAUGUCAGAAAAGAAAAGAGAAAAGAAAAAUUCCAUAGUUUUACAGAAAAAUACCGGUAGCUGUGGUUGCCAGUAAACUACCAUAAAAAUACGGGAACCUCCUGUUUUUAUUCGUCCAAUCAAUUCACAGCGGAAAACAUGAGCCACACCCACUAUUCAUCUUGGAAAUAUGUCAGAAUACUGAAGACAGUCACCGCUUCUGCUUCACAGGGACUGCAGCAUAACAUCAAUGACUUGAUGUUUUAUUGUUGUUUAAAGUCACCAUUAUUGUGAUCAGAUUUUGCUUUCGUUGGGCUCUUUCAUCAUUAAUUUGCUAAGCAGCAUUUUUCUUUUGGCUGCUAUGACAGUGUUUUUAUAAAACAUAGUUUUUAUAGCAAACAAUGUGAAAAGAAAAUGUGCUAAGAUUCUUUUGUCUGAUUUUUAGACAUUUUUAUCUGAUGUUGUGUAGUUUCUCAUUGGGUUUUUGUUAGAAACCCACAUUUUCUGCAACAAUAGAUAUAAAGAA